CUCUUAUUUGUGUGGAAAUUCAGAAGCGCUAGCGAUGUUACGUCGCAGUUGGAGCUCGCUUCCCACUUACGGACUCCACCGAAGGGAUGCUUCUACGGUGGAUCGCAGGAGCAAACGCAGGUCUAAAAGCUUAUCUGGCCGCGAAACGAAUAAAGAACUGAGCAUGUUGGGUAGUUAUGAGCGACAACACCAAAGAAGGCUCGCAAAACGUAGAACUUUGAGAGCCAUUUUGAGUGCCAUAUUAGAGCUAAAGAAUAGCAUAUUAGAUGACUUGGAAGCCCGAUUUCAAAGGAUAAUCGAAGAUCCUUCAGUUGAUAUUGAUGAAGGGCAAAGGGUUCGAGAACAUAUGUGCAAGGAGAUUGUUGAAGGAAUUAGAAGUGAAAGGGAGAACGAAUUAAUAGCUUCAAUAACUGCAUUGGGAAGGAAGGAGGAAGAAUUUCUAAACAAAUUAGAGAUUAUUCGUACCAUGCAAUUGCUGCAAGUUGGCGGGACAAAUGAAGAGCCUGAGACGGAAUCAAACGCCGAGUCUUAA